GCAGGCGUAUAAUUUGAACCGGCGCCAUAUUUGACUGUUAUUCGGAAGUGUUUGUGAGAUUUCCUGUUGUUUUUCAGCCAAAAACCUCGUAUUUUCACAGUGUCACCAUGAGACGUUCCAGCGCCAGUAGCGGCCGCUCGUCCCUGGCUCCCAUGCGGGUGCACGUGAAGUCCGACAUGGGCGGGAACGUGCGGCGCCCGUCCGCGGCGGCGUCCUCCUCGGCGUCCCACCGCCAGUCCGGCGUGCCGCGGCCCUGGUCCAACUUCGGGCGGCAGAGCUUCGGCCGGCUGUCCACCGGCAGCUCCACCGGCAUCCCCCGGGCCUCCAACAUCAGGGGGAAGAGCAUGGGCAUGGGCAUGGCAGCCAGCCAGAGACGUUCCAGUGCAUACGGCAAAAGUCGUCUCGGAGACUCGAUCAAGGACCCACGUAAACUCUCGGACAGGAGUCUGCAGCACAGGAUGACUAAAGACAUCAUUGAGUUUCUGUCCAUGCAGGGUUUCCCCCACCAGAUCUCCCAGAAACUGAUGUCUCCUCCCACCACAAAACUCUUCACAGCCAUCGUGCAGUUCCUGUACGGACACCUCGACCCCUGCUUCCAGAUCGUCAAGAAGUUUGAAGAAGAGAUACCUAGGAUCUUCAAGGAUCUCAGAUAUCCCUUCCCGCUCAGUAAGAGUCAAAUGUUCACCAUUGGAACCCCCCAUACAUGGCCUCACAUCCUGGGGGCUCUGCACUGGUUACUGCAGCUGGUCAAGUACUCCAUGAGGGUGGAUGGAGACAAGCUGAUGUUCAAUGAGGACUUUGAAUCCAACUCAGAAAACAAGAUCCUGUUUGAGUACAGCAGUGCAGCGUACAAGUGUUUCCUGGAGGGCAAUGAUGACAUGAUGACUCAGUACGACACAAGGAUGGAGGAGGAACUCAGAGCCAGUGGUAUAAAGGCUGAGGACCUGCAGACACUGGCUACUGAGAACAUGAAGCUGCAGGAGGAACUGGAACAACUGGAGAAGCAGGAGGACCCGCUGAUUGUGGCCACAAAGCUGCGUGACCAGCUGAAGAAAGAUGCCAAACAGCUGCAGGACCACCUGGCCAAGUUGGAGGCACAGAAGAGCGGGCUCACACAGGACGCCUUGCGGCUGGAGGAGGAACUGCAGCUCAAACGCCAGGAGCUGGAGAGUGAGCAGAAGGAGAACGUGCGUCUGCAGCAGAUCUUUGACACGCAGGAGUUCUCCCCGAUGGACGUGGAGCUGAUGAACCGCCAGCGUCAGCAGCUCAGCAUGACCCUAGACGACCUCAACAAGGAGAUCGAGCGGCUGGAGCAGCAGUGCUGGGAGCUGGAGAUGAAACAGUCCAAACAGAGGGAACAGAUGCAGUCAGUAGUGCAGGAGUACAACCUGCUGGCCCGCCAGCUGAAGCUGAUCCCCCCGACGGCAGAGAACGCCCACGGCGUGGACUACGAGAUGCGCCUGGUGUUCAACGCCGGCAGCACGGCCAACCAGGUCGCAAUGGUCGACUUCGUGGGAACAAUCAAGCCUGCUCUGAUCCAGAUGAGGAAGCAGAUUGCCGACACCUGCCACAGCAUCGAGGCAGCCAGACUCACAGAGGAGGAGUCACUCGAACAGAUUACAGACAUGAUAAAUGACAAGCGAGAAGAGCUGGGCCUGAUGGAGACACGACUGCGCAGGAUCGAGGAGGAACUGGACCACAAGAAGGAGAUGAUGUCUAGAGAGUACAAGAAGCACGCAGACGAGGUCCAGGACGUACAGAACCAGCUGCAGGAGAUGCGGCUGACCCACCAGCAGCUGGAGGCUAAGAAAGACGAGGCUCUGCAGGAGCUGCAGGACCUGCACCAGGCUGCCGUGGGGAGGGUACAGGACUGGGAGAGGGAGGAGACGGAGUACGUGGACUUCAUGAUACAGUGUGUGGAGCUGGUCUGCGCUCAUCAGGACAAGAUACAGGACCACUUCUCCAGCCUCCAGUCCCAGGCCAUGGCUACCCUACAGGAGACACAGCAGACAGAAAUCCCCACAUCCAAACUCCUGUCUGACACCGCUGCACACCAGUAGUGCACAACUUUGGGAUAGAUAACCUCUUAUUUUAUUUUGUGACUGUAAAAGUUAUUAUGUCAUUAACAGGCAUUCAUUCAUAUUCAUACAUUAACAGACACCCAUACAUUGUACAUUACACAUGCUAUUCUUUCUACCACAUUCUUUUGCCUGUCAGAAGUAACAAGUAUUUGAACACAGCAACCACAGUUAUGUCCAAACUGUUGCUGGAAGUGAAGAAAUAUUUGCAACAUCACAUUAUCACAAACACUAAGAUAGAUCAUAUAUAGGGCCAGAAGGCUAGAACUGGAAAAGUUCUUUUUACUCUUAGUAUUGCAGAAAGUAUAGAAUUUUGAAGUAGGACUUAUCAAUUUAGACUGAUCGAUAUAUUUGUUAACCAUCCUACGUUUUUUCAAAGAGAAAAUCAUUGCCAUAUUUGAUAUUCUACAAUUGUGAGUUUCACGUUUAUUUUACAUUCAAUAAACCAUUUUAGUAUAACUUUAGUGUAAGGAAUCAUGUUUUCUAUGUUGUAUAAAAAUACCUGUAUAUUUUUGGCUGUUGUAGUUUAUAGAGCUUUUAUAUAAAACACUUGAGAGAAAAGUUAGAAGUAAAGGCCCUUAUUUUGUGCUUCCUUUUCUGUUUUGCAUAUUAUUUUCCCUUGCUACAAGUAUUCUGUCCAAAAUGUAGUUUAUGUCUAGAAGUAGAAUUCCUGUCAAUGGUGUGUGAUUACCCAAAGAAAUAAUUCUCUGGUAGUUAUGUGUAGUAGACCCUCUUUUAUGUGAGCAAAAAGGUUUGUCAUUUUGUCUCUAACAAAUGUGUAAAUAUAUCUUGUUGUCAACUGAGAGUUGGUUAUCCUCUUGAAUCUUGAUUUAAUAAAAUCAGUCAUGUUACUA